AUGAAGCGAUUAGGAUCUAAGCAAGAAACUCCUCUUGUUAUUCAACCGCCCAAACCAAAUCAAGAAGUACCUUGGCAUUGGGUUCCAGGAAUGGGUGGCUGGUUGAUCUACAAGCUAUCUCGUUAUAUUCCACUCCCCCAAUACCCCAUAACUAUGCCGAAAGUAAAGAAACGUAAAUUCAAGAUGCACGGAGUUCUUAAUCUCUGCAAAUUAGUAGGUCAUAUUGGCGUGCUAGAACUACAUGCGAUUACAGAAAUUCAAGGAUACUUCCGUAAAUUUACACUAGAUAGUAUCAAAGUUAAAGAUUGUGAUGUAGUAGAAGAGAUUUGGGACAUAAUUAAGAUGGCGAGUAUUGUGGUCUUAGAAGAUUCGAAUAUUCGACUUGUCCCAGUGGCUUACUUAUCCCGGGCAGUUUCUUUGGACAUUUUAGGGAGUUCAGUUGGUCAUUUGGCCGGUCGCUUUGAAGAACUAGUGAAAACAAGGCGGAGACGAAUUCGGGUUGAUAAUAAUGAUGUGUUGAUCUUCUGGGAUGAGUACAAGGGCUGUGUUUGUGCACUUAGACAUUAUCCUGCUGCACAAGUUCUUUUAAGACACUUUCCCUUGGUACAUGAGGUCUACUUUCGCGGAAUGGAAAUUACCCAUCGAAUUAUUAACAGCUUGCAAAAGCACUUUGUCCGGAUUAUCAAGUUUUAUGACUGUUCUAUUUCACCACUUAAGAUUUAUGAUUUGUAUUAUGCCUGUAAGGACAGUCUUCAAGAAGUUGAGUUUCACCGAACUACUAUACCAUUAGCAGCAGCCGAGUAUUUACAAGCAGCUGGAGUUGCUGUUAAAGUCGCUAAUCCUCGUUCUAAAAGCUCUGCGGGUAAUCCGUACCCGUUAUGCCAAUGGUCUUAA